UCGGAGGUGCUGGGAGGCAUGGAUUGUGAGCACACAACAGUUCCUCAGGUCACCACUCAUGGCAGUCAGCCCUGCAGGAGUCCAGCUGUGCCUUAACCUGGCAAAGGAAAAGAGUAGGAUCGGACAGAUCGAGGAUUGCCCAUGAGUGGAGGGCCUUGCCAGUCAUCAGCAAGCAGGGUGAGGACAGAAUGAUGGUGGACAGUCCUGCAGAAUGUGGCCAGGGAAGAGCAGAGUUUAGCAGAGUCUUUGCUGGUUUUGUGCCCACAGAGCUGGCAGCAGUGGCAGAAAUCAGCAAGCUUGCCCCUGUACUGAGAGACCGCAAGCCCAUGGCAGCUGCUGGUGCCACCACUCUGAUCUGCGGGGACUGUGGCAAGAGCUUUGCCAGGAAGUCGGACUUCAAAGUGCACCAGCGGAUCCAUACGGGUGAGAGGCCCUACAAGUGCUCCUACUGCGGCAAGGGCUUCUACCAGGCUUCCAUGGUGCGGCGGCACGAGCGCACACACACUGGCGAGAAGCCCUACCGCUGCUCUGUGUGCGAUAAGUCCUUCGCCCGCUCCACCUCGUUGCUGAUCCAUCAGAACACACACACUGGUGACCGGCCAUAUGAGUGUCCCUUCUGUGAGAAGACCUUCUCUGACCCCUCCACCCUGCUCCAGCAUCGCAAGAUGCACAUGGGCCUCAAGCCCUUCCAUUGCGGCAUCUGCAACAAGUCCUUCAGCCAGUCAUCCAGCUUCACCUUCCACCGGGCUACUCACACCAAUGACCGCCCCUUUGUCUGCUCUGAGUGUGGCAAGGCCUUCAUCCGCUCCACUGCCCUGCUUAAGCACCGGCAGACCCAUAUCCAGAAGGCCUUUCGCUGUGGGGAGUGUGGCAAGGUUUUCCCCAAGCUCUCAGGCCUCCGCUCCCACCAGCGGAUGCAUGCCCAGGGCCACCGGAUAGAGAUGGAGUUGCGGGAGGAGGAGCAGAGCCACUGGGAUGUUCCCACACUGAGGUUCCAAGCCCAUGACCCUCUGCCCCAGGACUGUCCCCUCCCCAGCUUGGCUGUGCAGCCGGAAUCGAUCCUGAAAGCAGAUAUUCAGAAGCAGAAGUGGAAAAUGGCAAGCAUAGAAUGCUCUGAGAGACGGGACCAGGAGUACCCCAGCAGCAGUUUGGCUCAGGGAUCCUAUGGGGACAGAAAGAGGACCACGAACACAUGGUGUGAAAAUGAUGAAGGCAAUGAGGAGGAGGACGCUGAGGAAAGCGACAGUGAUCGUUUUGGGAGCGGCAUGCAGAAAGACCAAGAUCUGGUGUCCAGCAGCUCCAUGCCGAGGGAGAGUAAGGCAGAGGACCUUCUGUGUGAGGAAGACGAGGUCUUUUAUGAGACCUUCACCCUUAUCAAUGCCAAUGGCGUGGCCAAGAAGUUGAACAUGAUGGUCAGUCUUCGCACCAAGAGUGAUGAAGACGAUGAGGAAAGCAGCAAGGAGACAUUGUGUCAGAAGUGGCACAGCCGGCCAGCGAGGAAGCCUGCUGUUCUUCGGCGCAGCCCGCAGGGCAUAAAGCACUUUGGCAGGGUGCUGCCAAGCUCAACGGAGUACGUGGACACUGUGGUUACCCUGGACAGCGAUUUGGACGACCCAGCCAGGGACAGCCUGCCGUGCAAUGGCAUGGAAAGCAUCAAGAGCUAUAUGACCAGGAAAGUAGAGGGAGGGGUGUUCCCAGGAAAUCCAAGUACGGACUUCAGCAAGCCAGGCGGGAGCAAAGAGCUUCCCCUGAAAAGAAAGAGAGGGGUGAAGUGGCUGAACCCAAAAGCAGCCAACAAGCCAUCUGAGACAGCGGGCAGUGUGGGGGCCCUGAAAGCAGCCACGGUCAGAAGGGUCAGGACUGGGGCACAGCAGGUGGGCAGCAGCGAGGCGGAGGAGCGGCCUUACAAAUGCAUGCAGUGUGGACGGGCCUUUAAGAAAUCCAGCAACCUCCUGAGCCAUAUCGACACACACAGUGGGGCCAAGCCCUAUGCCUGCGAGCUGUGCGGCAAGGCCUACUCACACCAGGGUACCCUGCAGCAGCACAAGCGUUUGCACACAGGCGAGCGCCCCUACAAGUGCCCGUUCUGCAUCAAGGCCUACACCUGGUCCUCGGACUACCGUAAACACAUCCGCACGCACACCGGCGAGAAGCCCUACAAGUGCCUGGACUGCGAGAAGGCCUUUGUGCGCUCCUCGGACUUGCGCAAGCACCAGCGCAACAUGCACAGCAAUGACAAGCCUUUCCCCUGCCAGGAGUGCGGCAAGACCUUCAACAAGCCACUCUCGUUACUGCGCCACCAACGCACCCAUCUGGGUGAGAAGCCUUUCCACUGCCCUGACUGCGGCAAGGAGUUUGCUGUGGCCAGCCGCAUGGUGGAGCACCAGCGCAUCCACACAGGUGAGCGUCCCUACUCCUGUGCCAUCUGCGGCAAAUCUUUCACCAAGUCCUCCAACCUCUUCGAGCACCAGACGCUGCACACUGGUGAGCGCCCCUUCAAGUGCUCUGAAUGUGGCAUGGCCUUUGCCCAGUCUUCGCGUCUCAUCCGCCACCAGCGCAUCCACACCGGCGAGCGGCCCUUCGCCUGUGCCGAGUGCGGACAGGCCUUCGCCCGCUCCUCCACCCUCAAGAGGCACCAGCAGAUCCAUAGCGGGGAGAAGGCCUACCUGUGCUCAGACUGCGGUAAGGCCUUCCGCCAUGCCUCGCAGCUUACCCAGCACAUGCGGGUGCACUCAGGGGAGCGGCCCUACCAGUGCGCCCAGUGUGCCAAGGCCUUCACUCAGUCCACCCACCUCAUCCGCCACCAGGCCAAGCAUGGUGCCAGCAAUGGGGAGCCAUUCUCCUCUUCCGACGAGUGAGUCCCUCCCUAGGGGGGCAGCUGACACCAGGCACUCAACGCACCUGUCUGCUGAGGGGCCAAAUACAACGGACCUGGGCUUCAUCAGGUAGAGCAAAUAUGAGAGAGGGUUUGUACGCAACAUGGAGCAGGCACCACUCUCUGACCAAGUUGCUUGUUGACUAGAGGAGGAGAUCUGCAAGUACUUGUCUUCAUAAAUGCACAUGAAAGGACUCAACCAGAGCCCUCCUGUGACAGGGGAUUCAGACGAGGAGAGAGAUUAUGAAGAAUACACCCACCUUGUCAUCUGUCCAGGCACCAAGUUCAGCUGUUUACCAAGAUCUUCCUGCUGGACAAAAGUUCAAAAGCACAUCCCAAACUGACUGACACUCCAUAGCUGUUGCUCCUUCAUGGGCCCUCAUGCCAAUUCCUGCUGCCCCUUCAAGUGUAGUUCUACUCCGAAAAGGGACUAGGUAAGAAAAUGGCAGAUCCGCUCCCAGUACAUGUGUUCAGAGUUGCAUCUGACACAACACUGCUUUUUACUCCUGUUUGCCCUGCAGAGCCAGCUCAGCUAAUGGAGUGUGAGCUGGAGUCUAUUCCUACUUGUGUGUCCUUAAGAGAAUGGUUAAUAAGGAGCUGUCUACAUGUAGAAAUCAUACUGGUUUCACUAAAUAGAUUUAAAAAUACACUUUUGGUUAAAAUGAUGCAAGACAAAACAUACAUUCCAUGCAGUUCGUGUGAAACACUUUGGAAGGAAACAGGAUGGAAUAGGGAUCACUUAGGGCAUGGUUUACGUGUAGAGUCUCUGUUACUGGUGAUGAUGCAGGAGAAGGGAAAAACCCUUCUUGAUUCUCAGAGCCCAGGUUGCAUGUGCAGUUCUGUCAGCUACAAAAUAUAUCUUAUUACUUGUAAGUUGCACACAAAUCACACACAGAAUGUAAAUAUGGAACCCAACUAUGUCAUUUUUAGAGAUCCCUUUGUCAGAGCAUAACUGCACUUUGAGAUAUUAUAAUCUCCAUAAUGAGGAGUAGCCAGCCUGUCAACAAACAGCUUUCCUGAAGUACCCCUCAUAUGAUACCAUGAAAAACAAAACAAACAUGUAAUUCCAAACAAAUAUAUGUACUGUGGGAUACUUAUAAAUGAAGGCACUGGCAUCAUUCCCUUCUUACUGGCCUGUUGCUAGGAAAAGGAUGAAAGCACUUUUUAAAUGGGGUUGUGCUGGCCAUGGCUGGCUGAAUUAUUGACACUGUACACAGUGAUUUUCCAAUAACUGCAGAGAUACUGGGUUGCAAAUGCACAACUGAUCAGUUUUUGUCUCGUCUUGGGUCUGAUCCUGCACCGCUGAAGCUGAUGGGUGUUUUCGCCAGUGGGAGCAAGAGCAACCCCCCACAGCUCAAUUCUGCAUGUGAAGUAUUCAUAGCUCCAGAUAGCUCUGCUUUAAAACGUCUGUCUGUCCUCAAGACUUUCCAGCAAGUGGCAUCCCAAUUAAGCAGAAUUAGCUUCUGAUUAAGCAGCAGUCCCAUUCCUUGCUGUUUUAUUACCAGUUAGCUUCAGUCGGUUCCCUAAUUACGCAGACUUAACAAAGUCAACUUUCUUUUAGUGUCUUUCUCUCUCUGUUGGUGAAGCUAGCUUUCUGAAUGUGAACCAGUCUUUCUGAGUCUGCAGACAGCCAGCUCCAAUGUCUCUGCUGCUGCUCAAAAACUUUACUGGCUACUAGCACACUGGAGUUCCACUGCUGCUUUUCAGAAACUGAUGGGCAGCAGUGAAGAUGUUAGGCAUCUUGUCAAUUUCAUGGGCGUGAGAAAGCUAGGAAUAGCCUAAGAGGUGACACUGGAGUUACUCACCAGGGAGGAGAACCCAAAAAGCAGAGGUUGUGGGAGACUUCUUCCUCUCACCUUCCUGGCAGCUGUCAAGAAGAGGAUUUUCCCAUCCUGCAACAGACUGGUGGCUCUAAAGGAGUGAGAGAAGAGACAGAAAGCUCCUUCCUCCCUUCCAGCUGCUAAAGCAGGGGUGGGCAAACUUUUUGGCCCGAGGGCUACAUCUGGGUGGGGAAAUUGCAAGCAGGGCCAUGAAUGUAGG